AAUAAUGUAAGUAACUCUCCCAAAAAAACAUCAUCAACUUCCGCUACUCCGCAACAAACGCAACCGCAACCUAGUACACACUCUUCUCAUUUGCUUAUUCCUUAUUCAAUACACACACGCAACACGAACACACCCUUUUGUACUUUCUGCCUUUGUUCCUUCUAAAAGCCCCCAAAAAGUGAUCUUUUUCAUUUCAUCAUGGAAGAAGAACCACAAUCAUCAUCAUUAUCACAACUCAUAGUUUCUCUAGAACAAGCCACUUUCAUGGCAAAACAACUAUCAUCAUCAUCCUCAACAAACCCAAUUCAUCUCAAUCAAAUCCACACUUCCCUACACCAAGCACACCAUCAACUCACAGCUUUCCUCUCCACCCUUCAACCUCCUCCGGCGGCAGAAAACUCUGUCUCCUCCGCCAACGGUGCCGCUCCUAUGCAGCUAGGUGACGACGGAGACGAUGUCGAUGGCGACAAUGAAGAUGAAGAGACAUCAAAGUGCACAAUUGACAGAGUUGAGGAGAAAUUACGAGAAUGCUUCAUAAAAAAUAAACGACCGAAACGGCCGUUAUCACCGUCUGUGGUGGCCCAAGGGGACAACAGGCGACUUUCCACCGAUGAUGGGUUUGUUAAGGAUUAUGAUCCACAUUCUUCCAAAAUGAAGAAGGCAUUGGACCUUGUGUACCAGUUUCAUGGCUGAUAAUGAUCAUGACAAUUUUAUUUUUUUGUGUGUGUAGUUUCAAUUCUCCAUCUUGCUACAGGAAUCUAUUUUCUUUAUAUCUGUAGGACAUAGAAUAAUUUAUAGUUUCUAUCAUAUUUGAAUAUCAUGCCGCUAUUCUUGAUA